UUUAACUAGGGGGACGGGCGAUGAGUGACAGGCCGCGCAGUAGCAGCAGAUGAGAUGUAGGCUAUCCUACUGUACACUAAUGCGAUUUAGCCACUCCAGGCUUUCUCCCAGCUUUACACACUUUGAUGAGCCGUUUGGCUGAUGACAUCUUUUUCCCCCCUGAAACAAGAGGACACAUUGUGGAAGCAGCCGCAUGAGCGAGUCUCAGCCGCCUGCGCGUGCACGACGACCGACUUUUCCGAAGAGGGACAGGAGAGAACCCCGUGGCCGUGAGCUAGUUUGAAUGAAUGAAGACAGUGCAGGAUUGAGAGAGCGCAAUGGAGAGCGAGGCUCCGAGCUGCGAGGACGUGCGGAAGAGCGGCUACCUCCGCAAGCAGAAGUCCAUGCACCGGCGCUACUUCGUGCUGCGCGCGGCCUCGGAGCGUGGUCCGGCCCGCCUUGAGUACUACGAGAGCGAGAAGAAGUUCCGCGGCGGGAAAGCAGCGGCGCCCAAACGGGCCCUCGCGCUCGAGACGUGCUUCAACAUCAACAAGCGCGCCGACGCCAAGCACAAGCACAUGAUCGUGCUGUACACCCGCGCCGAGAGCUUCGCCGUGGCCGCAGACAGCGAAGCGGACCAGGACGAGUGGUACCGCGCACUGCUCGAGCUGCACUGCAAGAGUAAAGCACUGUGUGAUGGUAAUUCUGGAGAUUAUGGUGUGCCAUCCCCUGGGCCUGCGUUCAAGGAGGUCUGGCAAGUAAAAGUUUGGCCGAAAGGUCUUGGACAAGCUAAAAACCUAGUGGGUAUAUACCGACUCUGCCUAACAGAGAAGACGGUCAACUUUGUCAAGCUCAACUCAGAUGCAGCAGCUGUAGUAUUACAGCUAAUGAAUGUGAGACGUUGUGGCCACUCUGAAAAUUUCUUCUUUGUGGAGGUUGGCAGAUCAGCAGUGACUGGCCCUGGAGAGUUUUGGAUGCAGGUGGAGGAUUCAGUCGUGGCACAGAACAUGCACGAGACUCUACUUGAAGCCAUGAAGGCCCUAAGUGAGGAGUUUCGCCAGCGCAGUAAGUCUCAAUCUACUACAGCAGGAGGAGGGGGUGGUGCUACUGCAUCUAAUCCAAUCAGUGUUCCAUCUCGUCGCCACCACCCAAACCCUCCACCCAGCCAAGUGGGAUUCAUCAGACGACCUCGCACAGAGCCACCAGGGGCCACUGGAGGAGGUGGCACCAGCAACAAUGCCUCCCCUACACCUCGGCAUGGGUUUUCAAGAGCCUGUAACUCCAGUGAUGGAGCAAAAUUAGAGGAGGGCAUGAAUGCAGGGACAAAGGGUGUUAAUUCCAGUUCAAGUCCCACUACAAAUGGGUCUUGUUCUAGCACGCCCAUUCUCAGGUCUACGUCUGUACGUGCUCCCACACCAGUUAAGGCACAGCAUGCUCUGAUGAGGUCAAUCUCGACUCCAGCCCCUUCACCUGCCCAGAACCUCUCCUCCUACUCAGGCAAUGGAUCUGAAUUUGGGGGCACAGGUCCUGGAACCACUGCAGCUGGCGGGGAUGGAAAUGGAAGCACUUACAAUCGAUUGCCUCUCCGCCAGCCCUCGGUUUCUGGUUCACUCAGCGACUAUGGUUCUUCAGAUGAAUAUGGUUCCAGCCCAGGUGAGCAUUCUUUGCUGACUGCAACCAUUCAGACAGGGUCUGUAGGUAGCUCAGGUGGGGAUGAAGCUGCCAACUAUAUCCUUAUGGCACAGAAAGGGGCAUCCAAUUCAUUGCCAACUGACAACUCUCUGCCUCAGACUAGAAGGGUGUUGCGACGCUCUUCGGGUCGUGAAUGUGACACUGAACGUAGGGUGAUCAGUAAAAGGGCGUCUCUGCCACCCAUGGCUCUUGAGAGACUUGGCACUUACCGCAGAGGAGGAGACGUAGAGAUUGAGGAAGACAACUAUGCUAUAAUGUCUCGAAGUACCAGCCGCGAGUCUUUCAGCUCACGCCAGGAUUCAGAAUCAACUGUUGUUGGAACCAGAUAUCUGGAAGUAGCUGCAGAGGCCAAAGCUGAAGCAGGAAGCUGUGGAUCAGAUGGAUCAACUAUUACUGGUAAUGGUAAUGUAGGGGGUGACAACGGAUACAUGUCCAUGUUGCCAGGGGUAACAGCUCCUCCAGUGUCCCUCUCUCACUCGCUAUCUGUAGCAGUGUCAGACUCUAAACCUGCAGAUGACUACAUGGCUAUGACUCCUAACAAUAGCAUCUCACUUCCUCAGCAGAUCCACCUUCCUACUUCUACCACAGAUGGCUAUAUGAUGAUGUCACCAAAUAGCAGCUGUUCCCCAGAUCAGCGUGUGGUUUCAGGCACCUGGGUUGGCAGGAACAGUGCAGACAGUAGGCCUGGCAGUGAUUAUAUGAACAUGUCACCUAUCAGUGUCCGUGCCAACAGCACUCCCUCUCCUCAAGGUUCUCUUAGAGCAUCUGAAAAACAUCCUCAUCAACCUCCUCCCAAAAUGGUAUAUUCUUACUAUUCCCUUCCCCGUUCUUAUAAACACAGCAGCCCUAAACACUUUGAAGAUGGUUUAGGAAGAGGAAAGUGCCUGGGUAGUGAACGUGGAAAUGGUGGUGGUCAAGGUCUUGGCAGUUGUAGGGGCACAUCUCAUUAUCAAGAACCUGGAGUUGGACAACACUUGUCUUUUUCCUCCUCCUCAUACUCAUCCAGUUCAGCUAGCAGUGAAAGUCUGGGGGAGGGUGAAGAAAAGCUCACUCAGGUGAGAAAGACAGCUGCAGGAGCUAAAGUAAAGGAUAGUGGGGCUCUGCAGCAGAGAUUGGGCUCUGGGGCAGCUAAACAAGCACAGGGCCAGAGGAAUCGUCCUCUUAGUUUGUUUGUGGAUGUCUCUAAAGCCAAUACCUUACCUAGGGUCCGGGAGACACCAGUCCCACCUGAACCUAAAAGUCCUGGUGAGUAUGUCAGUAUAGAGUUCAAGAGUGAGAGAAGCAUCAGAGAAGUAGUUAGAGGACCUAGGGAGGGUGGUUCCAUUCCUGCUAGCUCACAAUGCCCCUUGCCUAGGCCCACUUCUUGUGUUGCUGGGUUCUUACCACAUCCCUGCAGCCCCUCUUCUGCUGGUCCUCCAUCUGUUGCUUCAGAAUAUGUCAACAUGGAGCUAGGAGCCUCCCCUUCACCAUCAUCCUUCUCCCUCACUCCCCUUGGUUUCCCUUCUUUUCCCAUUCCUCCAACCCCACCUACAUCAGCACCUAAAGCUUGGGAUGAGCAGACAGCAACACCACAAAAUGAAGAGGCUGAAGGGGAAAUGGUACAUAGUGGGCAUCAGCCUCUAUCAGCCUCUCAGUCACUUGACUCUCCUAUACCAUGUGCAGACUACACAGAAAUGGUUUUUGGAUUGAGUACAGACACAACCACCAGCUCCACGACAGCUAAAGAAUCACUGCUGGACAGACAAGAAUCUAUGGUUCCCACCCUAAGUCUGGGUCUUAAUUUAGAUUUUCCAAUGUCCAAAGCCCCAAAUCCGGAUCAUGGUGCUAAGGUAAUAAGGGCAGACCCUCAAGCUCGGCGGCGCCACUGUUCUGAAACGUUCCUGGCCCCUUCUUCAUUGUCCUCAUGCCCCGUAAGUUCCUCUUCUUCUAUGUGCAUGAUCAGUGAGCACACCCAAGCCAUAGCUCGGCGACUUGGUUUAGAUGGCAUUUUGAGUGGCAGUGGAAACUUGCUAGAUAUCCCAAAUCAGCAUGCCAACCAUGGAUUAACUAACAUAAAUACUACCCAGACCUCAUCUACAGAGCAAGGGCUCAACUACAUAGACCUAGACUUGGCUACAAGAGAGAGCUCACAUCUUGGUGUUGAUGUUCAGACUACUGGCCAAACAGCAGCACGGCUCUUUUCAUCUGUUUUGGGUAGUGGAGCAUCUGGAGGUGCUGGAGGAACAGGAGGUCUGAGCAGCAAUGCUUCAAAUCUCAACACGUAUGCUAGCAUUGACUUCUACAAGUCAGAGGAACUACGUUCACACCAGGGCAGCAACAGCAGCAAAGACAGUACAGGCAAAGUGGCCACUCUUCCUUCACUGAUUGCCACUGACAGACACAGAGGCCACGCCUCCUUCACUGGGACUGACAGACAAAGAGGCCACGCCUCCUUCACUGGGACUGACAGACAAAGAGGCCAUGCCUCCUUUACUGGGAGGAACAAACACAGAAGCUCCGCCUCCUUCACUGUGACUGACAGACAAAGAGACUAAGCCUCCUUCACUAGGACUAACAGGCACAGAUAAGCAUGGGGGAGAAAGAAAGAUCAAGAAGGAAACAACAGAGUUCAUUUAACAAUGUUUGUUUUGAAUAUAAUUAUAGUAGUAAUAAAAAAAGAUAUACUAAACUUUACUGAUAAAGACGCUUAACUCAAUCAAGAUUAGUUGCCUCUCAAUUUGGCUAAAACUGUUUUUGGGUUUGUGUAUGUGCAUUUGUCUCUUUAAAUUUUCCGAUAACAACUAUUAUACAACGGUUAGUUCUGGUCCACUUAUUUGAUUGGUCGAACAGCGUUCCAAGAGUGCUGAUAUCUAGUAUAACACAACACAAGACUGGUACAAGCAAUUUGCAGAUAGCUGUCUUUGCACAAGCAGGCAAAUCUUAUUACUGUUAUUAUGCAUUUUCCUCUCAGGUAUUCUCACACACUGUUGCAUUUUGGAACGCAAAUACAGAUUGUACUCUCUGUCUGCUCCAUGUGGCACUGAUCCAGCCAGCCAUAUUUACUGUAGCCAAAAUUACUCCUUUUUGAUCGACUUCCAACAGCUCAGUUGUUCAGCAGAAGCUGAGUUCACACUCACACCCUCACACAUUCGGACUCACUGGUCACUGGUGUAACGAUAAGAAUAGACCGCAAGCAACGAUGAAUGUUGAAGUAUUGCCCUGGUCCUCUGGAAUACUGAGGAAUGAAGAGAGAGUCUGAGAGUUUUCCUGCACACACAGUGUGUGACAGUUUGACUGUUAGAAAACAAACAAGCGAAAAGAGGCGUGUAUGCCUGUCUGUGUGUGUGUGUGUGUGUGUGUGUGUGCGCGUCUGCACAAGGUCCAGCUGCCUCUUUGGCACUUUGGAAAAAGACUGAUAAACCAUUUUGUCUCUGUUUUUAGUUUGACUUGUUGCAGCAACCAGUACGAGUGAGUGCCAAAAGAACUCUCCUUGCUGCCCAGAUUGGUUUUGUAACAAAUAAAAACCGCAGCCAAUCAGAGGACAGAAUGAAAAACGCCUGCUGAGCGAGAGCCAAUGAGGUCCGGCAAUCAGGCGUGUGAACAGUUUGGCAAAAGGAUUUGGUCAAACAGUGGAACUUGAGGAUCACAAUUCUUGAAUUAUGAAUAGCUUGAAAGAAGUGCCUAUUGUUAUGAUUGUAGUUAUUUGAAAGAAGACUUGCAGCUUGAUUUUGACUGAAGAACUGCUGGGAAGGCAAAAUCACCAAGAAGAAGAUGUGGUACUACAGUGUGAAUUGUUCAGAUGAUGGUGAAGCUCUAAGAGUCUGUGCUGUGAUGUUUAGUUAAUCAGUAUAGCAGCUUUACCAUAAGCCUCAGUACUCCGGACUGUCUCACUACUGACUGUCUCUGUCGAUUCCUUCUCACAAAACUGUGUACAUAUCUCACCUCUCCCAGUUUCCUGAUUCUUCUCUCUUUUUGCUUCAUUCUUUGACAUUGUUUCUUUUUUUUUCUGUGUCUCUUUUUAUCUCUUGUCCUCUUUUUAUGUGAUUUAAAUGUCCCAACUAUGCAGUAGUACUUUAGUGCCUAUCUGUAAUUCUACACCUCUCUCACAUUCUCGUUCAGCCUGUGCUCCUACGGUAGCAUGUAUCCCAGUGAGCUAUUUUUAUCUGUACUCUUAAGGUGGGGUGUUUCUCUGUGAUGGUACCUGCUGUUACUUACCUCAUGCAUACACGCUAGCUGAUCCAGUCCAUGGUGGACUGUACAAAUUAUGUUUCAAAUAGGAAUGUGAAUGACAUUAUCAAUCUUAAGAGUUCUGUGGAUGUCACCCUUUUUCACUGAUUUCAGACCUUUGCUGGUUUUCUUACAGUAGUUAUAAUAAGGAUCAGUGACUUGACAUCAGUGUAAAAGGUAACAUCUAUGUGUAGCUUGAAAUACCAGCCUCCAUAUUGGUUGAUAUGAUCAAAGGCAAACAGUGCCAAAGUUAGAGUGUAAGGAACUCUGCUUAUAGUUCUCUAAUGUCAUGGUUAAUUUUGUAAUUUUUGCUUUUCUAUUUUCAUUUUCUGGCAUUAUUCUCACUUUAAUUCAGCUUUUAAUGAUGGUUAACUGCCUUCUGAAGAUCAUUUUCAGUUUUAUUGUAUUUAUGUGAAGGGAGAAGGCUGUUGUUGCACAAUGACCUGCCUCUAAAAAGACUUUUUAAAGAUGUAGCUGGAAUCUGAUCCUUAACAUCACAAGCAAAAUAUGCCUAAUAAAGCAUGCCGAUGUGCGACAUAAUACACAGAAGGAUGCUGUUUUCUAAUCUCUACCAGCGUAUUUCAAUAUUCCUGCCUAUUCCUUGAGAGGUCUUACAGAGAAAAACUGUGAAUGUCAAAAUGUUAGAGAUUUCCUGACAUGAUAGUGAGUAUCAGCUCCCUGAUGACCACAGAAAACCUUCCGUAGCCAGCUACCCCUUUAACUUUAAAAUACAUUUUACAGACUCCCUCAGUAAUAGUAAUCCAACUAUUCAGAUUAUAAGACUUAUUUAAAUGUGUACAACAAUAUUCUGGCUAUUUUUUUCAGCCCUACAGCUUUUUCUUAUUCUUGAAUACUUCAACAAACGUUCCACAGAACAUCACAGGUCCAAGUAGACAUUAUUUAUAGGGCAACAUAUUUUUCAGUUACGAAGGUUUGCAUUAAACCUGUUUAAUUCAGUUCACCAAUCAAAUAGACCAAUACCGUAAGAACUCAAUAAUAAAUAUAAUAACUGAUAAUGGUGGAUUGUGAUUUCCACCACUGUAACAAAAUUUAAAAAACAAACAAACAAAAAAAACGCUAUGUUUCCCAGAACCACUGUUAUAAAGCAUGCUGUUGUGAUGCCUCUGAUGUUUCACUUGACAAAGUGAACAGAGAGGCCCAAUUAUUAAACAGGUAGCAAUAUCAGAUGAGUAUUAAAUAUAGCUGACCUAAACUGAGAGCUCUUAUAAUCAGUAUUUUAUAGCAAAUUGAAAAAGUGUGAUUGGGACAUCCAUAAAAACUGAAAUCUUUCAGUGAGGCCAGGUAUGGGACGACAAACAUCCUCUCUCUCUCUCUCUCUCUCUCUCUCUCUGAUUUUGCAGCAAAAUCAUAAGAGGAUAUACAUUAUUGCAUAUUGAGAGUGACACAGAUGAUGGUUUUGCUACAUCAUAGUGUAAAAUAGCUUUUUUAUUUCUGGAGCAUUCCCACAGUUUGUUUUGCUGCUGGUUCUACUAGUUUUUUGGGGUUGGGGGUUAGAGCUUACCACCAGGGUUAAUGUUGAUCUUAUGUGCUAGAAUUAUGUUUCCUGUGAAUUAGAGUCCCUCAUGUCAUAUUGCAGUGUGAGCUGCCCAUUUGUGUUACUCAUGUGUUCUUGGUUCUCUGUUCAAGAAAUUAUUAAAAAAAAUAAUCAUGGAAAUGUUCAGAGUGGAGAUUUAUUGUGGUCCACACACUGCCAUUUUGAAACCAGUUAUUGAAGGAGGUGUACACUUCAACGCUUAGGACCAUGGCAAAGAAACAGCCACACUUCAAAAGUCAUUUUAAAGAUGUAAGUCGAUAAUAAUAAGAAACUUGUUUUCUACAAAUGCACAAUUGGAAUUGGGUUUAGGGCUGGUAAGUAUGAUGAUAUCUUACUGAUAUCAUGAUUUUUAUGUUAUGUUAUUUUUAGAUGUUUUUUUUAACCAUAGCAGUUCAAUUCUGCAUGGUAGAAUUUCCACAUAAUCUAAGGCUAAUAAUAAACACUCUAAAACAUGCUAUUAUUUAAGAAAGAAGAAGCUAUAAUUGUUGAUUUGGUGAAGGUUGUUAACUUAUGAAGCGUCAUUAACUUUAAGAAAACAUGAGGAAACGACUAGUUCUAGCUCCUAUAAUAAGAUAACUUGUUUUAUGGACAUUCCACAACAUUAAAUGUAACUAUAAAUGGAUGAAAAGUUCUUUAACAAAUAAUAGAUUGUACUGUUGUGGUAUAAGAGGAAUAAAAUACUUUGAGAUAAGCUUUGCAUUCAGCCACAUCACACCAUUCUUUCAUUAAAUAUUUUCCUAGAAGA